CAAAAAAAUCUGCCCCCUUUUCCCUUUCGAUACACGAAGAACGGGGAUGAGUUUCAGGGGCGGCCAAGCUACGGGGAUUUUUUAACAACCCCGUCGAGCUGCGAUCGGCGAUCGAGAGUCGGAGUUUAGCCCGAGGUCGCCACGCAUCGUAAACACGAUGGCGAGCGGCGGCGACGGCGAGCGCCGAUGGCGAAUCACGUUGGCUCGCCGGCGACACGCUGACAGGGAAGCUUCCGCGACGAGAGCGGCGUCGAGCGCGAGCCGGCGAAGGGAUCGAAGGAAACGGGCGCCGUGGACGCGACGAGCGUCGAACCGGUCGCCGGCUGCGAGAGCGCGGUGGCGCGGGAGAGAGCGGCGGGGAAACAACAUAUGGAGGCGUUCGAGGUGUGAGUGCGCGUGUGUGUGCGUGUGUGAACGAGCGUUCCUCGGGCUCGAGGUGUCCACCACGGGCGAGGAAAACAGGUCGGGACGGCUCGUCGCGUCGCACGUUCCCCGAUCCGAUCUCGAUCUGCACAGCGGACGGCUAGGCGACGACGCGCAGGCCGCGUUCGAGAUAUAGUGAGAACUGUGGCUGUUGAACGGGCGAACCUGCGGUUCGGGUGUGCGUUAGAUCGCACACAGGCAAGCCACUGGUCGGUGCUGCACUGUUCACUGUCCACUUGCCGCCUGCGUUAAAAGUACACCAGCAUGUUGACGGAACAGAACGUGAUUAUGGAGCUGGCCGACUCCAGUGGUACGAUACCAAUUGGUUUCAUCACUACAGAAGAUGGACAUACAUUGCUGGCAGUGGGCGAACACGAGGACGGCACGCUGGAAUUCAUGGCGACGCCAGUCGCGCUGAUGCCGCAAAAUAACAUGGUGUCUCAGGCGUUGAUAAAGACUGUGGACGGGAGUUUUAUUUUACAUCCACCCGUUUUCCAAUUGAACGUGGAUGGUCUGUCGGGGGCUGUGAUGCAGCAAACAAACCUGCUGCCACUGAUUCAACAUUUGCAAAACGAAUCUGCCAUCGCGGAGCAGUCGAAAGCGCAGGAUGCAAACGAAUGUGGAAUCGCGGAGUCUCUGUUAUCUGUCAGAAAUAACAGCAGUGUGUUAUUAGACAAAGGGCAGUCAAUAGCUGACAGUCGUGCUAAGAGCGAAUCCACGCCUGUAUCUCUGAUGCAGAAUGUCUACAAACGGUCUCCGGGGAGACCGAAAAAGACUGGAGCAACUGCGCAAAAUGCGCAGUCUCUGAAGUGUGAUAUCUGCAGGCAGGAGUUUACUAAACAAACAUUGUACCGCAGACAUAUGGAAAAUCAUGCCAAAGAGAAACGGCAUAGAUGUCCCAAAUGUCCAGCAUCGUUUAAUAUCCCAACAAAUUUCACGCUUCAUAUGGCAACGCAUAAUAUCGGCGACCCAAAAUGCCCCGAAUGCGGUAGGAAAUAUGCGAGAAUGGCGAGCCUCAAGUCUCACAUGUUGCUGCACGAGAAGGAGGAGAAUCUCUUUUGCACGGAGUGCGAGGACGCAUUUUCGACGAAGGGCCAGUUGGACGCGCACUUGAAACUUCACGGAGAAAAGUGGGCGAGCGAGGAUGUGCGAAAGUGCAAAUUAUGCAACAAACAAUUCGUCCAGCCCGCGCUCUACCGGAUGCACAUUCGCGAGCAUUACAGGCUACAGACGAAGAUAGUAAAGCAAACUAAAAGGGGAACGAAACAUAAAACAAUGUACAAGUGCACCAUAUGCCUGAAGAUUUUUCAAAAACCGAGCCAACUGAUGCGGCAUAUCAGAGUACACACCGGGGAAAAGCCCUUUAAGUGUACCGUCUGCAGCAGGGCGUUCACGCAAAAGAGUUCGCUACAAAUCCACAUGUGGCAACACAAGGGCAUUCGGCCGCAUACCUGCAGCCUCUGUAAUGCCAAGUUCAGUCAGAAAGGAAAUCUAAAGGCGCAUAUACUCCGAGUGCACAAUGCGCCAGAAGGUGAGCCCACGUACGCAUGUUCCUAUUGUUCCUGCAUCUUUAAGAAGCUGGGCAGUUUAAAUGGACACAUAAAGCGAAUGCAUUCUGUUUCCUCGGAGGAAUCUGUCGCCAAGUCCUCGGAAGCUAAUUCCAGUAUCUCGUCGGAAGCUGACAUGCGCGCGACCGUCGACAGCGUUAUAUCGCAAUUGGCAUCUUUGGAAUCAGUCGUGAACAAUACCGCAGAUCCCACAAGAACUGCGACGCUGAGCGCGGAGCAGAAUGAUAUCCUGCAACAAGCAUUGAAAAACAGCGGCCUGCCGAACAAAAACGAGGGCACUUCGAAAGAAACAGCAGAACCGAAGAAGACGAAUUCGCCAACGUCGUAUGUCACGCUGUUGGACAGAACUGCUGGUGGUACUUCGAGGAAGUAUCUCACUAUAAAACAACGCUGCGUAGGAAACGUACGGUGGUACGCGUGUUCGUUCUGCCCGAAAGAAUUCAAAAAGCCGUCGGACCUGAUACGUCAUUUGCGCGUGCACACCCAAGAGAAGCCCUUCAAGGUAAUUAAAAUUUUAUACCGCUCGAAAGUACACGCAGAUCGCGGUGUAUCGUCUGAUUUAUUCCGCGUCUUUCAGUGUAUGUAUUGCGUGCGUUCCUUUGCGCUAAAGUCGACGAUGAUAGCGCACGAGCGGACUCACACCGGAAUGAAGAAAUACACCUGCGAUUCCUGCGACAAGACCUUCGCGUGCCAUAGCAGCCUCACCGCUCACACGAGAUUACACUCGAAACACAAGUGCAACAUAUGCGACAAGUCGUUUAGCACAAGCAGCAUCCUGAAAAAUCACAUGAAGAGCCACACAUGGGAGAAGCCCAAGAUAUCGCCGGAAGUGGAGAGCCUGGUGCCGCAGGUGGUACUGCAAGAACCGCUCGUCAUCAGCGACGCCGGUAAUAAAAUCAGUGUAGUGCAGGUGCAGUCGAAGCAAAAACAAUUGUGCGAGAACGUCGGUGUGGCCAGGCCGCACGAGUGUUGGGUCUGUCACAUGGCGUUCAGGAAAGUCAGCCACUUGAAGCAACAUUUUCGCAGGCAUACGGGCGAGCGUCCUUACAAGUGCUCCAAGUGCGACAGGAGAUUCACGUCGAACAGUGUCCUGAAAUCUCACCUGCAUACGCACAACGACGCGAGGCCGUACAGUUGUGCAGUAUGCGACACGAAAUUCUCCACGCAGAGCAGCAUGAAGAGGCACUUAGUCACGCAUAGCAAUAAAAGGCCGUACAUGUGUCCGUACUGCCAAAAGACGUUUAAGACGAAUGUCAAUUGCCGGAAGCACAUAAAAAGGCACAAGCACGAGCUUGCGCAACAGCAAUUGGAAGAACAAAAGACGCAGACUCGGAAGGAGCCGCAGCCUUUGAGCGAGGAUAAAGGAACUACCUCAACGUUACCGGAGAACAUCACUCUCACCGAAGAUAUAGAGGUCUUCCAACCGCAAAUGGCACCAGACUUUACGCAGGCCUUCUCCGAUCAUUUUCAGAAUAUCGGCACGGAGAAAGAGAAGUCCUUUUUACUGGCGGACAACGAGACGCCGUCGAUGGUGAAUCAAAAUUUGUCCGUCGACACAACUAACUUGGGGACGUCGCAAUCACUACACGCCGAUGAAACCGGUACUAUCACGUUACCUCAUUACUCAGGGGACCAAACUCUCACACCGGAAAGCAUACGAGAGAUCGAGGAGACACUGAAUCAGCAACUAUUUAAUAUCGGCAUGAAUCUUGGAUUGGGAGCGAACAAUCUACCGAGGCAGCUGGACGAGACGAACACGAGUUCUCUCAGCAAUUCCAGGGAACAACCGGUGCUCAAUAUUAUAUACGAGCAAAGCAAGACUCUAGAAUCGUCAGGCAAUACCAUAUUCAUGUCACAAUUUGACUCGUUUGAUAUGAAUCAAAUUACACUGCAGACUGACAACGAUAUAGACAUCGGUCUAAAUCCGAGCAACUCGACGAGUUUGUCGAGUAUCUUGCCGAGAUCUGUGGGAAGCAACCAGCAAAAGGAACAACAAGCCGCACCAGUUUCCACCGUCAGCGAUAUAGACACCUCUCAAAUUACGAGGAACACUCAUCUGGUGGUAAUAAAUCCCAAGGAAAAUUGUUCGGAAUUGGUGUCGCAAGUGUGCUCGUCCUCGAAAGUCAUCGCGAAGGCGGACACCACAAAUGGAUCCGAGUUACAAGUCACGAAUGAACAUGAAAAGACGAUGCAGAAAGGCAAUGCUGUGUUGUGCGAGAACGAAAGAAAUCCUUUGUUUAUGAAGAAUUUCCAGAACGCAUUACAAUCCGAGACGCUUGUUUCUUCUGGCAUGGACAGCUCGGCGGAGUGUAACACUCUGCUGCAAUGUCACAUGUGCGGCGAUCAAGGUUUCACUACAGAGAGACUCAAGGAACACCUGAAAUCUCAUCGCGGUGCCAAAGAGUUUGAGUGUGCGGAAUGUUCUCAACGAUUCUGUACUAACGGCGGUCUCACCAAGCAUAUGAAGUUGCACACGAAUAAGCAGCGGUGGAAGUGUACAACCUGCCAGAAGAUACUGGGCAGCAAACUGCAAUUGAAAUUUCACAGCAAAACGCAUAACGAGGCAUGGAAUGUUUCAUCCACGGAGCUGAACAGCUCUCACAAGGAUCUUAUCUCCUCGAACUCCGGUCUGUCGGGGAUAACGACGCUGGAUGUCCGAGUAGAUCCAAACUCGUCGGUGUCCGAGAAGGUUUUGAUGGAUGCAGUCGCCGAGAGAAAAAGCAUGGACCGCGCUGAUGAGAACGUGGAGAAGAAGGAGACGAGGGAGUACACCAAUAAAUGCAAAUACUGUCCGAAAACUUUUCGAAAACCGAGCGACCUCAUCAGGCACAUUCGCACGCACACGGGCGAACGACCGUACAAGUGCGAGCACUGCAGCAAGAGCUUCGCGGUCAAGUGCACUUUGGAUUCGCACAGGAAGGUUCACACGGGCAAGAAGACGUUCUGCUGCCACGUCUGCAGCAGCAUGUUCGCUACGAAGGGCAGUUUGAAGGUCCACAUGCGAUUGCACACGGGCUCGAAACCAUUCAAGUGUCCCGUGUGCGAUCUCCGAUUCCGCACUUCGGGUCACAAAAAGGUGCACAUGCAGAAGCACGUGAGGGAGCAUAAGGGUGGCGCGAAGCGCAAGCCGAAACAUUCCAAGAUCGCUGCGGUGGCAGAAGCGGCGGCCAGUCUCGAAAAAGUCGGCCAUAGUUCUCUGAACGAUGCGUCGACGACGACGACGACGACGACAACAACGAUGACGAAUCCUGCCAUGCUCAACGAUGAGGCCGCGCCAUCGCAGAGUCUGGAUUAUCCCGCGUUGGAGCAGACGAUGAAUCUCGGUGCCACGGUCCAUCUGCCGAAUCAAAUUGCGUUCAACCACGCCGACGCGACGACGGCGACGAUUCUCAACAACAACUCCCUGUUGUCCGUGAACGAGAACAACGAGCUGGUGGCGAAUCUGCAUUUCCUAUUGGCGAACGGUCUCGUCACCAUUCAAACGGACGACACCCUGCUGACGCAGCCAGCGACAAACGGUUCCGACGCCACCGGCGCCGGAAUGCCGGCCAACGUCAUCGAGUUAGUCAAUCCGGAUCCGUUCCAGGAAGCUUGCAAUCUGGAUAAUCACAUGGUGAUAACCAGCCAGGUGCCGACGGAGACGACGGUCGCGGACGCCAGCAACGCGACAGUUAUUCAGAUGAACAAUUGCAUGCCCCCUGUGUCCGUACAGAUACAGACUCAAGACACCGGCGCCGGAGUUUCUGAAGCGAAGACGUGCGAUCAAACGAUGACGACAAUGACGGCGACGCCGGCGGCAAUGGCAACGGCAACGACGACGGUGAAAGCUUCGACGCAGCCUUCAAGGAAGGAGUGCGACGUGUGCGGCAAAACGUUCAUGAAGCCUUAUCAGAUGGAACGGCACAAGCGCAUUCAUACGGGCGAGCGGCCGUACAAGUGCGAGCAGUGCGGCAAGUCGUUCGCGCAGAAGUUCACGCUGUACCUGCACCAGAAGCAUCACACUGGUGACCGGCCGUUCUCCUGCCCGCACUGCAAGCACCUGUUCACGCAAAAGUGCAACCUGCAAACGCAUCUGAAACGCGUCCACCAACUGGUCAUGCUCGACGUCAAGAAGCUCAAGAGCGGCCAGCAGAUGCUGGGAGCGCUUCUACAGGACAAUCAAGGCGGCGAUACUAAGCUGCUAAACCUGGACGAUAUCCUGGUGGUAGAUUUUCUCAAGUGAACGUCUUCUACAAGAUCCUUGAAGAAGUCUCUCCCUUCGGGAGGAUCCAACGCGAUUCGAGCAAAUUGCCCGUACGUGUGUAAUAUAAUGUACUAAUAAAAAAUGUGCCGCAAAUGAGUUUAUCGGUGACUAAAUACUACGCUUCCGAAUGAGAAACAGAUGCGAAGGAAAAGACUUCGAACGUUAAACAAAUGACCCAAGCUGUGAUGUAUGUUUUGCGUAUCGCUAAUGCUGUAACAUUAAGCUCGAGAUGUAAUUUAAUACCGUUCGUUUAGUCGACUAUUGUUGUAUUUUGUAUCGCUGAGCUACGCAUAUCGUAAAGUUGUUGCAUGAGAAUUUUUAUUUCAGAACCGCCAUUUAUCUUUCUUCAAAAUAAAACACUGUUACACAACA